GUCGUCUUCAAGUGGCUGUGUCCGUCCUUCUGUGAUCGUGGGGGGAGGACAGGAGACAUAACAACUGGCCGACGCCUCGGGACAUGCCACACUAGCGGAUGGGGGAGAAGUAGGUAUGCGUUUGGGCAGGCUGGGCCAAGGAAGGGACGUGUUGGGCAUCUUCUGUGGGUCACUGUCGAGGCCUUGGUCGAGCCCAGCGCCUGUUUGAGUUCAAGUCCUUCUUUGUUCGCUUGUUUGCCUGUUCAAAUACUCCGUACACACCAACCGAUGCUGACAAUCUUGCCUGUUCCGUAUUGAUGAUACACUGAUACAGCCCCCAACACCAAACCACCAGACCAGACGGGAAGGAAAGCGGGUCAUCAUCAGUCGUCACAGAUGCGAAACAAUCUCGGGGUAUAUCCUCCUUCCAGGCCGCGGCCGCCAUGCUUCCUCUCAGUGUGUGUGUGUGUUUGAUGCUAUUGCUGCUCCUGCUGCUGCUGCUGCUGCUGCUGGCAUUUAGGUACCGGGAGCAGUGUGGUCCGCUCAUCUCAGCACGGUCGACGAGGUCGACUCGUUGGAGGUGGUCUUGGUCAGCCUCGCCAUGAAGAACUCCAUAUCACGGCGGACAAUGUCCGGGAACCUGACUUCUUUGCCCGCCGUGGCGAGC